UCUGACGGAUGCGAGCUCCUCUUAAACAAGGGAGCUGUCCUUUCCAUCCUCAUCUGUUCCUCCUCAUCGCAACAUCUCAGCCAUUCCUUCCAGCGGCCUGUUCGCUCACCAUGAAGUUCUCGAUCAUCGCUCUCGCAGGACUGGCAGCCGCCGCUGCCCCGCCUGCAGACCCUCAUGUGGUUCCACACAUGCACCACCAUGUCAACCUCGAACGCUUCUCUAGCACCGACUGCGUAAGGGACACGGACGUUGGCGACAAACAUACUCUCAAGAGAGGCGUAUGUUACGAAUUGCACAAACACGGGAGGACUGUUACUGCUGCCAGAUCAAGCAUUGAGCACAACCGCAAGAACAGAAUCGGAACCACGGAGAACUGUCGCGUAUAUCUCUACAGUGAUGAGAAAUGCAAAAAGAACGAGGUCCCAACGGAGGACUUGUGGAACCACAGCAGUCAAUGUGGCAAGAUCAAGCCCAUCAAAGCUCGCUCCGCCAUGCUCAAGUGCUGGAAGACUAGGGACGGCGCGCAAGACGGCGAAGCAAUCGUAUUCGACGAGGACAGCGACAACAUCGACGUGGUCACAACAAUCGUUCAAGGACCACAAGCCCAAACUCUCACUCUUCAACAACCCGCCGCUGUCCAAAGCUCCAAUGGCAUUCUCUGGCUGUCUGGAGCUGCACCUUCGCAAUCUCUCGUCACUGUCGCCGUCCCAGUCGCUGCUGCUCCUACUCCUCAAGCUCAGCCCGGAACCGUUCUUACUAUUGAGCAGCAUCCUCAACCAAAACCUGUGACUACUAUUGGUCCAGCAAACGCACGCACUACUAUCCAUGUAGUGCAGCAGCAUGAGUCUGUUAGGGUCAUCACGCUGACGGUUCCUGUUACGAAGAAUGAGGAAAUCCACUGGACUACUGUCACUACUACCAUGGGUCUUUCGGAGUUCUUGGCUAAGCAGACUGCCCACCCUACUGUCACUAUUCCUCCCGCGAAGACGAACUAAAUCCUCCAUUGAGGCCGAGAACGAUGUCAGCAAACACUAGGGCAGGAUGGUCAUUAGGAGAGUCUCAUGCGCUCCUAAGAUGGUCGGACUGAUAUUCAAGGCAUCAAGCGGGGAGAAAAUGUAUGCGACCCAAUUUGCAAAGGCAAAAGUUAAAUAAUGUAUAGUUUGCAAGGGGAGUCGAUGGGCGAGGUAGUUUUUGGAGCCUUCCAACAGCAAGAAACAAGAACAAUAAUCAACAGAAAAUCACACAAGUAGAAGGCGGAAAACACAAAAGACAACGAGAGAUAGAG